CCAGGAGCUCAAGGCCAGUUCCCUAUCGUCCAGAACAUGACCGUGACAGAAGGAGGAAUAGCCAACUUGACCUGCCGUGUGGAACACAAUGACAACACCUCCCUCCAGUGGUCAAACCCUGCACAACAGACGCUCUUCUUUGGGGACAAGAAAGCGCUGAGAGAUAACCGGAUUGAGCUGGUCCGAGCCACGUCGCAGGAGUUGACGAUCAGCAUCAGCGAGGUCACGCUGGCAGACGAGGGGAUGUACACCUGCUCCCUCUUCACCAUGCCUGUCAAAACAGCCAAGGCUUUCCUCACCGUCCUGGGUGUGCCUAAGAAACCAGAGAUCAAUGGACUCACCAAGCCUGUGAUGGAGGGAGAUCAAAUCACUCUGACCUGUGUGACCUCUGGCAGCAAACCUGCGGCUGAUGUCCGAUGGUUCAAGAAUGAGAAGGAGAUCAAAGGUGCCAAAGAGGUGAAUGCCAGCGGCAAGACCUUCACAGUGAAGAGUUCCCUGCAGCUCCAGGUGAACCGGCAUGAUGACGGUAUGGCCUACACUUGUAGAGUGGACCACGUGGCCCUAACUGCCACCCAUGAAGAGACAACACAGGUUUUAGAAGUCCACUAUGCUCCCUAUGUAGAGAUCAAACACUCCAUACCAGCCACACUGGAGGGACAGUACCUCAAACUGGAAUGUGUACCUCAUGGAAACCCCUCGCCAGACCCAGUACUCUGGACUAAAGACGGAGGAGAGCUGCCAGACCUGGAGCGGGUGAUUGUUGAAGGAAGAGAGCUCACCUUCAUGGCACUGAACAAAACAGACAAUGGCACCUACCGCUGUGAAGCUACCAAUCACCUUGGCACCAGCCAUGCUGAAUAUAAGCUGGUUGUUAAAGAUGCCCCCACCACAUCGUCACCAUCCACAACUUCCCCUGCACCCACCCUCCCAGACACUACAGGUCCCUUAGACUCCAAGCAUCUCAAUUCUGCUGUCACCGGUAACAGAGAUCCUAAUGCCCUGCCAGGCCCGCCAGACCAUGCUCUGAUUGGUGGAAUUGUCGCUGUUGUCGUCUUUGCAACUUUGUGCUUGAUUAUUGUAUUGGGACGCUACCUGGCACGGCAUAAAGGCACGUAUUUGACAAACGAGGCCAAAGGAGCGGAUGACGCCCCAGAUGCAGACACAGCCAUCAUCAAUGCUGACGGCAACCACGCACACGCAGAGGAAAAGAAAGAGUAUUUCAUUUAGACUGCAAGUGGCACUGCGCUCCUCUCUCUCUCUCUCUCUCUCUCUCUCCUCUCGUUCCUUCCCCUGCACCGUGUAGGAACUUCUUCAGACAGCAGCGGAAGCUUCUUCUCACCCUUCUAUGCUGUUCAGUUUGUUGUUUUCAUUUCAGUUUGGAUUUCUUUAGCUUUUUUCGAUAACAGCUCACCUCCUACUUUUUACGAGCAUCUUAUUUGCUGAAGAUGUCACCUUUUGUAAUCAUUAAAUAGCUGUAAAACACCCCAAAGUGGUAAAAAAAAGUCAAAAUCUCCAAAUAUGUAAAAAAAGAAAAUAAUCUGCAGCCAUUUUUCAGUAAGGACUCGCCCUUCAUCCUCUCACAGUGCCUAAAUAUACAAAUGUCCUCUGAGUUUCAGUCAAUGCCUUCAUGUUUGUCAGGCCUCUGAUUGGUUGCUUGCUUUUUAUCUUCAGCGUUAUGAUUUUUUUAAAUGUUUUGUGCUGGGUUUUUGGUUGUGAUUCAUGCUGAAUCCAUUUAUUGUGAUGUUUCUCCCCCAAAAAACGAUGUACAGUAGUAAACAUAUACUCAGACUUGGAGGGAGGGAGGUUCCCUUUUUAUUCUACAGAUUUUUAGGUGUUAAUAAUGUUAUCAGUAGCGAAGCUCCAUUUUCCAAAUUACCAUUACAUGAUGUGAAACCGACAGCUCACACUAUGGCUAAAAUCAGUAUUUUGUACUUGAACUGUAGAUAUUGGUACGUAAAUGAAUAGCUUCACAGAAGGUCUCAGUGUGUUCCACCGAAAAUCACCUUGUAUUUUUAAAUUAGUUGAAACUGUUAGGUUUACCAACUCUGAUCACCAAAUAAACCAUAGCAGGCUAGUGAAUUAGCAACCAGGCAAAGAAAGAAAGAACAAGCCCAGUUGUGUGUUUGUGUAGUAUAUGAUGCUGCUUGGUUCUGCAGCAGUCUGUCUAUUCCUGCACUGAUCGGCCCCCAUACACAGCAUUUUCAUAACAACAGAUCCACAAAUAUAUAUUAUCCUUUCAGCUGUUUACACAACCGUUGUGCCGAACACAAGAAAUCUCACAACACACAGAAAGUGAUAUUUAACAAAAACAAGUAGUGUGCAACUAUUUCAGUGCUCCUAAACCUGCACAUCACUGGUCAGAUAUAUAUACAGUUCAUUAAAGAUCCCAAAAACGUUUUAUGCUAACCUAAACACUAUAAUAACGUUGAGAGAACGUUGCCCAUGUGUAGCACUCAUUUUACAGCGUGAGGUUUAGGCCAAUCAAAACAUAAGCACAAAUGACUCGCAUCAACUCAUGAAUCAGUCUAAUACAGCAAUUGUGAAGUAAAAAUAACUAACUUUCAUUACCCAAACUGGACAUCAGUACGCUUUACGCUCACUGAAGUCACAGGUUAUGUUAAUGUUUGGAAGUGUUUUUGAAAUUACGGUAUCUUUUUUCUAUUCUUUUGUUGAUUUCUAUGAUGAAUAGACAACCUUGCUAAGGCUGUAUAAUAUAUCUGCUAAAUGUGGUAACUAGUGAAAAUUGUUGUUAGACUUUGGGAUCCCUAAUUCCAUCAAGUUUGUAUAUUAGCUGAUCUAAAUAUUGGUGGGGACAAAUCGUUCAUUUUUUUUUCCAUCUUAUUUGUCAAUAAAAGAUUCUCAACAACUUCAUAAACUUUGCUUUAGCUCAAGGCGUGUAUAUACUGUACAAGUAUCCCAUUUUGGUAAAACAUUUUUGAAGGAAUGUUUUUGUUCGACUCGCAAUGUAAAUUAUUUAAUUUUGCUUAAUUGAAAACCAAUUGACAGCAUUUGUGACAGCAGUGGAAUAAUUAAUGAAACAGCAACGCUAUGUGUUUGUUGAAUGGGAGACUUUUAAAUCACCUUCACCUGAUGUUCGUUUCCUGUAAAUGAUGACGAUUAGUGUUCAAACUUGCUUUCGCAGUCCGUCUCCGUUCUCACAUAUCAAAGCUUAUAAAACCCACAGAUGGUCAAGCUUUACAUUUUAUCAUUUUAAUGCACCACAAUAACACAUAUCACUUCCAUAUACAAUGUUACUCAAAUGUAAUUGUCUCGUCACAUGUAUCCCUAAUAUGUGUGAAUAUAUUAAUGGCUAGGAAUAUGGUAUCCUUUGACAGAGUCACUGGGCUGUGUGUUAUCAGUCAGAUUACAUACUUCUGAAGGCCAAACCAUUUAUCAGUGCACACAAAAAAAAACUAUUUAAGCCUUAUGAAAUUAAACAUAACCACUCACAUGCUACUCAAGCCACAAUUACCUUUAAUUUAUUUCUCUUUUCCUUCUACUUCCUCUCUUGUUAUGUGGAUUGGCUGAAAGCCGUCUGUCUGGCAUAAUAACUGCUAACAAUGUUUGGUACUUGUCUGUCUGAUUGUGACACUGACCUAAUGCUGCCUUUGUGGUCAGUAAAUCACAUGCUAUUAUCAAGAAAAUAUAUCCACUUGCUCAGAUUUUGACCAGUUACAGGACAUACUCAACGUUUCUAAGAACAAAUAAAUCAGCUUCUUUUAUCACCAUAAUUGCCUUUUUGUUUGUAGUGGGAGCUUUGUGUUGUUUUGUUUCAGCGACGACUGGUCACCCAAUGCCUGGUUGUUUCUUUUCCUUCAAAC